AUGAAAGAGCCGCCGGGCUGCUGCUCGCGGUCACCACCGUGCACGAAGCGUUGCACGAGCCCGAGAGGGCUGCUCCGCGUACCUUCCUCCGCUGCCCCUGCGCCCCAGGCCCCACCUCCCCGGCAGCCGAGCCCGGGCUGGGCUUCACGUACUUUCGCCGAGAUGAAGUUUGGGGCUCCCCGGGCGGCCACGAGCUGCCGCCGGCGGGAGGGCUGUUGUUGUUUUCCUCAGGCGGGCGCUCAGCCCGCGCCCCAGCCCCGUGCCCCCUCGGGCGGCGCUGCCCGGGCGCCGAGAGGUGCUGCCUGCAAACGCAGCCUGGCACCGGCUGGCCUACUCCUCCCCAGCCCGGCCCCCAGCCUCGCGCUCGCGGGGCACUGCCUCCGCGCCCCCGCCCCCGGGCCCGCCGCGCGGCCGCGACCCUCGCCCCGACCUCUCGCUCGGACCCAAAGUUUUGGCGGCGGGGGAAAGUGCCCCGGCGCGGGCCGGCUGGCGGCGGCGGCUCAGGACGCGCGGGGUUCCCUCCGUCUUCCUCAAGUCCACCCUACCGGCUGCCGCCGCUGCUCCUACCGCGGAGUCCUUGGGGCUGCAGCCCGGCUGCUCGCAAGAAAGGUCAAGGGUCGAAUGAUGAGAGAGGCUUAUGUCAUUGUCCUCUAACAGUCUGAAGUUAUCUUCCAGAGUCUGUACAGCCUAUGGGGUCAGUGUGUGGUGGAGAAGACAAGAGGCGGGAAAGAAGAGGAGGGAGAAUAUUCCUUACAAAAGAGGAAAUUUCUCUCCAAAGAUUUUAUGGAGAAUGGGAACCAUGAACUUCUCUGCCCUCAAAAUGAGUCCUCAGAUUUAAGCUGCAGCAGCCGCAGACCAUCUACCUGCCGGGGUAACCUGAUAACUGUUGGGAAAGGCUCUGGAAGGCUGGGCUGCUUGUUAAAUUCUCUCACACUCAGAAACACACACUGCUCUCAGAAGAGGUCUCCCGUGAGCUCAGUGCUAGGCCAAUGUAAGUGAGCAGCAGCUGCUUAAUCUUCUGCAUAAACAUUUAGGGUGCAGAUUGCUGGGCCCUGCCGCAAACACACUGAGAGCGGCAGCUCUGAGCAGGGCGUGGGUAGGGGUAGGUGGGGCAGAAUCCGAGAAGCUACAUUUUUUAUACAAUCUUCAGUUGAUUGUUAAGCAAAAGAAACAUGAAAGCUGCUUUCUUAACCAGAAACAUUUUCCUAACUAAUUCCCACAACCCAGCUUAAUUGUUGUCAUUAUAUGGGUCAACGUGUCCAAAGUACUGCAGUGUCAAGAGACUGUCCUGAACUGGAGAAAUCUUAGCCAAAGAUACACCAAGUUCUGGGGCUUAUCUAAGGAGUUACUUUAAGUCAAGAUGGGCCAAAUUGGACAGUGUUAAGCAGAUAGGACUAAGCUGUUAGGGUUCUUCGUGCCAUAAAUGGAUUUUUUAACCAGGUAUCCACAGGUCCAUACAUCCCAACAAGGUGCUCAAGCGUGGGAAAAAUUUGCAUUUUGUUUUCACUAAUCUCUAAUUGCAAAUUAGCAUUUCUGUCUGCUAUGAUUUGGCAACAAGUCAGAUUAGUGUUAGCAGUACCUAUGAUUCUGUCACCGAUGGAAAUCACAGAUAUUUCAGUUAUCACAUUUUAGUUGUUAUGAAUAGCUUGAAAUACCAUUUACAUUCAUCACAACUUCAGAUUAAGUUGUUUUUAGAUUUGUCACUAGAUCUUUAAAAAUGUUAAUAAAAACACAGUUUAUUACCCUACCACACAUUUUAGAAUUAUUUUAAUAACUAAAUCAAUCUAGGUGGUUACCUUUGUAUCCUAUAAGUUGAUUAUAUACAUUGAGAAAUAUUCUGAGCAGAUAAAGCUCACCUUUCUCAGAUUGUUUUCUAAUUAUAUAUUAUAUGACUUCAGAUAGGAUUUCUGAAGAAUUCUGUGGACUUUAGGAAAAGUUAACCCUGUUGGUGUGGUGGUGCAUGUUUGUAAUCCCUGCUCUCCAGCGGGUGGGGCAGGAGGGCUACAAAUCUGAAGCCAGUUUGCAUAUUUCGGUAAGAUUCUGUCUCAAAAUAAAAAGGACUGGAGCUAUA